GUUAAAGUACCUUGAAGCUUGUGAGGGGAAACAUGGCGACGUCCCUGAUUUGCGGCCGAUUGUCGGCUAGACUGAGAAAUUGUGGGACCAGGACAACCCUAAACUCCGCAUCCAAGGUGCUGGGGGGGUCCUCUGGUGUGUUUGGGUCCCAUGGAGCCCAAGCCCAGCCCCCCUACCUGCAGCAGCAGCACAGGAACCUCUCCCUGCACGAGUACAUGAGCAUCGGCCUGCUGAAGGAGGCGGGCAUCGCUGUGCCAGCCGGCCUGGUGGCCAGCUCGUCUGACGAAGCCUACUCUGCGGCUAAGCAGAUCGCCUCCAAGGACCUGGUGGUGAAGGCUCAGGUGCUGGCGGGCGGGCGAGGGAAAGGCACGUUCGAGGGCGGGCUCAAGGGAGGAGUGAAGAUUGUCUACUCGCCAGAGGAGGCGAGGGACAUCUCCUCUCAGAUGAUUGGUCGUAAGCUGUACACCAAGCAGACGGGAGAGCAGGGUCGUAUCUGUAACCAGGUGUUCAUCUGCGAGCGUCGCUACCCACGCAGGGAGUACUACUUUGCCAUCACCAUGGAGAGGUCCUUCCAGGGCCCAGUGCUGAUUGGCAGCUCUCAGGGGGGCGUGAACAUUGAGGAUGUGGCAGCAGAGAACCCUGAUGCCAUCGUCAAGGAGCCCAUCGACAUCGUGGAGGGCAUCAAGAUGGAGCAGGCUGUCACGGUUGCGACCAAGAUGGGUUUCCCCCCAGCCCUGAUCAACGAGGCUGCUGAAAACAUGAUCAAGCUGUACAACGUCUUCAUGAAGUACGACGCUUCCAUGCUGGAGAUCAACCCUAUGGUGGAGGACUCCUCUGGCAUUGUGAUGUGCAUGGAUGCCAAGAUCAACUUUGACUCGAACGCAGCGUACCGGCAGAAGAAGGUGUUCGACAUGCGGGACUGGUCCCAGGAGGACCCCCGUGACCAGCAGGCAGCCAAGGCUGACCUCAACUACAUUGGUCUGGACGGAACCAUCGGCUGUCUGGUGAACGGGGCAGGUCUGGCCAUGGCCACCAUGGACAUCAUCAAGCUACAUGGCGGCACGCCCGCCAACUUCCUGGACGUGGGGGGCGGAGCCACGGCCCACCAGGUGACCGAGGCCUUCAAGCUCAUCACCUCGGACAGGAAGGUGAUGGCCAUCAUGGUAAACAUCUUUGGAGGCAUCAUGAGGUGUGAUGUCAUAGCCCAGGGCAUCAUCAUGGCUGUCACAGACCUGGAACUGAAGAUCCCCAUCGUGGUGCGGUUACAAGGGACCAGAGUGGACGAUGCCAAAGCCCUGAUCGCUGCCAGCCCGCUCAAGAUCCUCGCCUGCGAUGAUCUGGACGAGGCUGCCAAGAUGGUUGUGAAGCUUUCUGAAAUCGUCUCGCUGGCUAAGGAGGCUCAAGUGGACAUCACCUUCCAGCUGCCCAUCUAAGUCCCGCCCCCUGACCCCGCCCCCUGACGGCCCCAGCGCCACCCCAGACAUGCCCCGCCCCUCAUCGGCAAGGAGCGCCACUCGCCCUGGACCCUCCCACGCCACUCCAAACUCCACUCCCUCUCUCCCUCUCUCUCUCUGGUCUGGUGGCAUGUCUCAGGCUCAUUUACAUGUGUUCCUCCUGUGUGUGUUAUGACACACAUGCGCACACACACACACAGUAAGUGUGUGUGUAUGUAGUUGUCCUAUCCUAAUCCUUACCUUUUCUUCUCCCCCUGCUCUGGUACACCCUUGUGUGAGGGUUCUCAUGGUUGUGUGACUGCGUUACUCCUCGAAGUAUUACUCACCCUGUCGUGUUGCUUCCAGGGAAAUGAGAGGCGCGCAGGAACUCAGACCUUAAGUAGUCGUAGUCUCUAAAUGGGUUCUGGGUCUCAGCUGGAAGACUAAAUUACCUAUCUUUCUCCCAGGCACGUCUGUCUCUCCACCCACCCCCACAUUGCAUAGCACCAUGUCUAAACGCACAAUCCCCCCCCCCAGCCCCAGCUCCAGCUCCUGGCUCUUCUCUGGAAGAGGGAGAUAGACGCUCUUCUCUGGAAGAGGGAGAUAGAAGCUCUUUCUGCCUGGUUACAUUUUUGGGAAUGUCUUCUUGGCUUUAGACUGACUCAGUCUUCCCCAGAACUCUCUCUCAGAGCCCUCUGCUGACUCUGUAGGAAGAUGGUGGUCCGAAGGCCGAGGCUAGGUCUGUCACAGAGCUCCUUCUCCAUCCUCCUCUUCUCCCCCUUCUCCUCUUCCUCCUCCUCUCGCCCCUGCAGGCUGCUGAGGAGCGGGGUGGGAGAAUGAGGGAUGAGAGAGGGGGAUGCAGAGGAGGAGUUCUUUCUGCAGAACGACAAGCCACGCUGGCUCGGUAGUGUUGAUCCCCUCGCCAAUUGUUUCUCCGGGACCGAAGGGGCUCAGAAGAGCCGGCUCGGCUCUGCGGAGAUCAACGCUAGCGAGCUAGCUCUUGUCCAUGAGUGACUGAUGCUGGUGAUUCAUUGGCUGGUUGUUUAUAGUGCUUGGAUACGGGCAGCGUUUUGAGUUUCUGAUCUCUUCUGGGAUCUGAAAGGGACAAGUGCUGGAGCUUUUAGAGCCGGUUGAAUGUGUGAUGAUUUUGUGGAGGGCUCUUCCACCUCCGUCUGGGUCUUCAUCUCCCCAGCCCCUAGCCGGGGUCAGAGGGGCCGUCUGCAGGCCUCUUGGUCUAAACGUGUGUUGAGAGCUUUUGUUGCAUCACUGACCUGAUGUUGACGGUUUUGUGUGUGUGUGUUCCCACUGAGCUGUCUAUCUCAGAUCAUGUCAACUUUCCCCACUGCUGCCAGCUUUCAGCACGCCCUCCUCUUAGCCCCUCUCUCCUCCAUAGCUACCUGAUAUUCUGUGGUCUGCCACCAGAUCACAACAGCAAAAACAGGACUUCACACCUGGUCAGUCAAACCACUCUCCUUCCUCUGGGAGAGGACUGUCCUCUACUGUAAACGAUUGUAGUCAUGUCUGUUCUCGCUUCCUACAUCUCUCUCUCUCCCUGUUACUCCCCCUGCACUCAGAAUCCAAAAAAAUACACUUAAUGUGAGUUGUAAGACAUUUAUAAUAUCUUGUAAAUAACGAGAAUGCUGUUCUCUUUCUGUAAAAUAUUUAUGGUCCUCUCGGGGGGGACACGAAACUUAGAAUAAAUCCAGAGAACAGAGAAGUCUUGCUUGUGUUUAUUUCUGCUCUGCUUGUCCUUCUUACGUUAUGAAUGUUUUGUCUGAUAUACUUAGAAUUCUGCUCGGUCAUUUUAUUCCAAGGCCAGAGAUAUUUUCAAAGAAAUCCAUCACCUAAGUAUGAGAAGAAUGCGUGAUUUGCGUCAAGCUUGUGUCGUAAAUCACAAGCGACGUGUCUUCUACACUCACAUUAAAGGAUUAUGUCAACAAAUGUCAUACGAAGUCUGACAGAGGCUUGCCUUGAACACAUCUGAAAAGGGCAUGAUAUGUUUAUGACGGUACUAUGACGGCAUUACCUCGAGUUAAAAAAAAUAAAAUGUAUUGAAAGUAAACUCCUGAUAACCAGCAGCGGUUAAUCCAUCCAUAAAAAAAAAAUGUUUAUCAACUGUUACUAAUUAAUCUUCAUUUUGCCUAAAACUAAACAUGCUCUGGGCGUUUUGGUAUCUUUAAACUCCAAUUAUCCCUAAAUCAUCUCUUGGUCUAUAGCAGUAUUGAGUCUGGAAGCUUCGCGUGAUUCGUGUCUUUGCUCGUGCACCAAGGGGGUUAUUUACUGUGUAGGCUGACUCGAGCGAAGUGUAAAUCUUGCACUUGCUGCUAUUGCACUUCUGGUUAGA